AUGUCCCACUCCUCCAGCAACUCCCUCCUCCAGCAGGCCCGCCCCACAGACCUCCUCCCCCAGCUCCCAGACCCCGCCGUCGCCGUCUCCCACGCCCAGGCCCACUGGCUCGAGUCGCACGAGCGCACACAACAACAACUCUGCAAAUCCCGCAGCGGCGACUGCCUUGCCCUCGAUGUCACCGUCGACCUCGCACCCGCCUCCUACUCGUCCUCCCCCAUCAGCUCCACCUUCCAGCCCAUUGCCUCCUCCUCCACCGGGCUUCGCUACCUGAAUGUGGAGCCUUUGGCUUGCCCGUCCACCGACCAUGCUACAGCCGAUGCACCGUCCCCCGUCUCGCCCACCGCGGACAACAAGGCAAGCUGCGCCUCCCUCCUGGCCAGUGCGCAGGUCUCUGCCAUUGGCGAGGCUAUGAGCAAAGACAAGUGGCAGCCGGACGCCUCCUCUGCUCUCUGCACCUUCCCCCUGUGCACUGCCAACUUUGCCCAUUCUUCCUACUUUUUCCUGGGCCCCCGCCGCCAUCACUGUCGCAUGUGCGGCCAGCUCUUUUGCGGCAACCACUCUUCCCAGCGAGCGCUCCUCAUCCACACUGCUGGCUCUGCCCGAUCCCUGGCCCAGUCAAGAGUGUGCGACAUGUGCGUGCCAAAACCUGGUCUCGACGCCGACGAGGCCGUCCCAGAGUUGUCGACCAGGAAGAAUAGCGCCACAGACAGCGAACCAUUCUCCGACUACUCUUCCCACUCCAAUUUCCUUCAAACCCCCGAUGACGACGCUAGCAUCUUCAUGCGCUCUGUGCAUUCCCCGGCACUCUCGGUGGAAGUUGAGGAAGAGCUCGCGCCGAUCGCGGAUUGGAUGGACCGCUCCGGCGUCUUGUCCCUUUACCCCCUCGCCGUCAACCCGUCUCACUCCCGAUCUAAACGAUCCUCGUCUCCCGCCCCGUCUGCCCCGCCCCUCUUUGCGCCCUCCCUCAAAUUAAGACGAGCGGCAAAGGAAAAGGAGAUCCAGCGCCAGACUCUGCGCCAGAGACGGUCAGGCAAGGACGACUUUUGGCUGCCCAAAUGGGUCCCGCAGUCGGCCGAGGCGGACGAGGAUGAGGAGGAGGCGACGAUGACUGUCCAGACUGUUGGCGGCGUCGUAGAAGAUGGGCCUUUCCGAUACAGACCCCGCGUUCAGACCCCGCUCUUGACCCCUGUCAGAUCAUAG